AUGGUAUCAAGAGCCUCGAGAGCACCAUCCAUGGAGGAUCUCCUCGACAGUUCAGACGAGUCUUCUUCUCCCACCCACCCUUCUGUUCAUUCACGCAUUCCUUCAAACAACAACCAUGCCGUACAUCUGACCCAAUAUCUUAACCUCACGGACCCUAGCAACCCAUUUCGUCUAGAUACUGGUGACACCCCCGCCGUGAUUUUAGUCACGGAUUUACUCACUAGUGAAAAUUAUUCCACCUGGUCGCGCGCGAUGCGCAGAGCACUUCGCGCGAAGAACAAAUUAGCCUUCAUCUCCGGAUUGAUUUCUAAACCCACUGACCCAGAUAAUCCACUCUUUGAUCUAUGGGAACGCUGCAACGAUAUGGUGGUUUCAUGGUUACAAAAUUCCAUCAGCCCUUCCAUCAAAUCUAGUGUGGCAUUUGUUGAUGACGCUCGUGAGAUCUGGCUUGACCUUGAGGAUCGUUUCUCUCAUCAAAACGGACCUCGAAUUUAUCAGCUCAAGAAGACCUUAGCUAGCCUUCUUCAAGAAUCAGACACUGUAAGUGUUUAUUACGGCAAGCUAAAAACCCUAAGGGAUGAGUUGUUGAUUUAUGAUCCUAUUCUUUUUUGCAAAUGUGGUUCAAUGAAAAUUUUAUUUGAUCGUUACCAAAGAGAUUGUGUUUUUCAAUUUCUAAUGGGGUUAAAUGACACUUACUCGCCUGUUAGGGAUCAGAUUAUGCUUCUUGACCCUUUACCUCCACUCAUCAAAGUUUUUUCCCUCAUUCAACAACAAGAACGUCACUAUAAAAUGGCCUCUGUCUCUCCUUCACCUGACUCCAUGGCAUUUGCCAUCAGACACCCUUACCCCACUUCCAACAAAUUUUCUCUCCAAUCUAAAUCCAAGAAAGACCGACCUUACUGUAACCAUUGCAAAAUCACUGGCCACACUUUUGAACAUUAUUUCAAAGCUGGUAAUGCUGAGGCACCUAUCUGUUCUCAUUGUACCAUGACUGGACACACAAUGGAGAAAUGCUAUAAGCUUCAUGGCUAUCCACCUGGCCAUAAAUUGUUCAAUAGAUCUCAAAGUCCAUCUGCUCUUGCUGCUCAACAUGUUUCUGACCUAGAGGAUGACAGUGAUGUUCGAGUAGGUCUUACUAAGGCUCAAUAUCAACAACUUGUGGCUUUACUUCAACCCCGGGAGCUUGUCACUGCUGUUCAGCCCUCUGCUAAUCAGAUUCAAUCCAACUUUCCCUCCACUUCCACUCCUCACAUUUCUGGUAUAUCUCCUUGCUUAUCCACCAGCACACACGACACUUUGUCCUCUCAAUUUGCACAUUGGAUCAUUGAUACAGGCGCAACAGACCACAUGGUCUGCUGUUCCUCUUUGUUGACCACCAUUACAGCAAAUAUUUCUCACUCAGUCAGGUUACCAAAUGGGACAAAUGUCCCUGUCACACACACUGGAACAGUCCAGUUAACUAACUCCAUUCUCCUCACUGAAGACCUUCUAUCUUGGACAACGAUUGGGAAGGGUGAAGUGAGGAAUGGUCUUUACUACUUGCUCAAUACUAAUGUCUCUCCAUCCACUCUGGUCACCACACUUCAGUCCCUCACAAAGAACUCCAUAACAGCCUCUGUUACUACUUCCAAUAAUGUUGCUGACCUAUGGCAUUGUCGCCUUGGUCACCCUUCAUUUCCCGUUUUACACAUGAUUACAGAUCCCAUUAAAUUUUCUCCUGCCUUUACUGCUUUUUCAACUUCUAUUUCAACCAUUUCUGAUCCCAUUACUUAUAAACAAGCUGUGAAACAUCCUGGAUGGUGUCAAGCCAUGGAAGUUGAAUUGUUAGCCUUAGAACAAAACCAUACUUGGGUCAUCACUGAUUUACCUCUUGGAAAAGAGGCUAUUGACUGCAAAUAUGUUUACAAGACCAAAUUUAAUGCUGAUGGGUCUAUAGAAAGGCUAAAAGCACGGCUUGUGGCAAAGGGGUUUACCCAACAAGAAGGAAUAGACUAUACCGAGACUUUUUCCCCCGUAGCCAAGCUUGUCACUGUGAGAGUUUUACUGUCCAUUGCUGCUAUUCAUGGCUGGUCUCUUCUCCAAUUUGAUGUUAAUAACGCAUUUCUCCAUGGAGAUUUAGACGAGGAGAUUUAUAUGCGUAAACCACCCGGUUACAACAAAGGGGGACCCAACCAACUGUAG